AUGGCUACCGCUGCAGUACUAAGUCUUUUGGACGAACAUACCCGAAAAGUAGCGUUUGAGGGCAGCCUGGCGAAAGUAAAAGGUGCAUCGGGAAUCGACAUCGGCGCACUCGAUAUCAAUGUGCGACUCUUGCCCAGCGACAUCGCCGAUGGAGAGAGUGGAAGUACUCCGCAGCAUGAAGAACUAUGGAAUACCGUGCUGGGCCGUCUAGUCGACGAAAGGUCACCGGAGAGCCUCUACGAGAUUGCUGAGAUAUGUUACACCCACGGCUCGCAUGCCGCUUCUCUUCUCAACACCAAACUCAGCCAAAGCCUUUCUACCCUAGCCACGAAUCUAUCAUCUGGACAAGCAAAUGUGGAAAGCAUCGAAACUGCAAGAGCUUAUCUCGAAUUCCUGAAAUGUUCGUUUUGGGUACCAGCCGCGUCUUCGUACAUGGUCGACACACAAUCUCUCACUCUCCUUUCGAGCUUCGUCGGCAUCGAAGGGUUAGAUGAUAUUGCACAUGAUACGCUCUCCGCUUUCUUUUCAUUACUGAAAAGCAAGAGAGAGAACUCACCCACCAAUCUCGAUGCAGUCGUUGAUCAAUCAAUAUGGAACCGUCUUAACGCACUCGACAUGGCAUGUUUCGCCGCUCGGUCUAGCAACAUAUACAGGACCUGGUUCCAAUGGAUAUCGCUCGCCGCUUCCGCUGGGCUCAAAUUCACAUGUGUGAGCAACGAAGAAUACUGGAGAAAGCUCAGGUUAGGUCUUGUCAAAGGCCAUGCGGAUCAACGCAAAUACUGCCUCGGUAUCAUCCGCCAGUCUUUUCUUGCUACUUCUGACCAUAUCGAUACACCCACGAUGCGAUACGAUGCCAGUGGCAAAGACCGGGAGCAGUACGAUCUAUAUACGACCCUAUUCGAGACCAUCGUGCUUCAUCGGUAUUCUGGCCAGGUCGAGGACUGCCUGAAAUCCAUGACGACGCUUCUUGGCUCUUCUUCAGCAACAAAUCCUUCCCGGAUUACUCCCGCGAUGACGACAACUCUACUCACGGCAGCCUUAAACCCGUUGAUACAGGAGAGCGUUAGGAAAAUGAUCGGCCGCUGGUAUAUGGACUUUAUCAUCGAAAUAAUAUCUGAGGGCGAAAGCCAUGGCCUGCUAGAGGCUGAGUAUACCGAUGCUGACUUGACAUCGCAGCGCCGGGGUGACUUGAGCGGCCACAUAAACUUCCUUUUCGAGGGAUUUCUGCCUUGGGCAACGGAUGGUAGCCUCUUCACAUCGACUCUUACUGCCACACGAUCAUCGACAACGUGCGCUCACGGAGACGCACUCGCUGCAGUGAUCUCUCGGUUUGUCUCCGAUACCGAAGACACUCCAUCAUUCGUCCCUUCGGUCGACUAUGCCGUCUCUGAAGUCGGAGUGGACAACCGAAAUGGCCGUGCAAUCAUUCUUGGCAUAGUUCGUUACCUCGUGAAUGCCGGCGGGAGGAUGUUUCAACCAGCAAUAUUGUACAUGAUGCAUGGUCUCGGCGAAGGCCUGAAGACGCGAUACGAAAGAAGCCCAACGCAUCACAAACUGGAAAUUUCCGAGAUUGCCGAGAUCAUCAGCUUAUCACGCUUGCCUGGAAUGCCAGAGGUAGCAAGUGACUUACACAGCGUUCACUGCCAAAAGCUCUGCGAUCUUCUUGAUCCCGAUUCACAGUCGAAAGGUGUACCUACUAGUGAAGCCCUGCGGGCUAAAUGCCAAAAGCUGGAAGAUCCAGUGGAUCACUCUGCGCUCCAAGCAACCUUUGGCACGAGUGAUGGCGAGCUGCCUACACUUCAGUCAUUCAUCAACGACCUCCGCGACUCAAAACAUAGCUGCAUACAAGGUCCAGCCUUCGCGCCAGCAUGCAAGAGCGUGAUGGAGUUUCUUGAUCGCACUGAGCCAGCCAAGAUCGACGCGAACGAGCUGCACACUGUGUUGUCAGCACUAUGGGAAGAGGCCGAGAUUCGCGACUUCAUCAGACCAUUUGCUGUACACCUGCCUGCGCUACUAUUCCAUCCGACAUGCAUAAUAGUUUGUGUUGAGGACGCUCUGGACCACUUUCCCAGUGGCUGCGACAUCCAAGGUCUGCUCUGGACAGCCAUGAAACGCCUUAUGAAGCUAUCCAAGGGACGGUCCUACAUUCUUGCAGUACUUGCUCGAUCGCUACGCAAAGCUGUGUUUGCACACCCAUAUGCAAUCAAAUCAUUGCGGGGAGGCCUCCCCUUCGAUGACUACAUUCUCGAUUUCAUCAAUAAUCCAGCAUCCAUCGGAACAGAGUUUUUGUUUGAGGUUGUCGCUGCCGACAAGCUUCAGCAAUACCUGCCGCAUCGAACAUAUGCAUCGUACUACGGUAUGCGAGAAUGGCAUGCAUACGCAGCUGUCAUAGAUAUCCUACAUCGUAUUCCGAAUGACCCAUAUGUCUCAUCUCCAGAGACUGCUCGGAAUAUACUGGAUGAGUUGGAACUUCCCUGGGAGGAUCAGAAACCACCAGUCGCAGUCAAAUGUCCAUGGAAGAACACUUUUCAACUGCAGGCAAUGCUAUUGAUGAGUCACUACUGUGCGGAUGACAUAAAUGUGGAGAGUCAUCUCGAUUAUUUCACUCGUGCCUUAGUGGUAGAAUCAUGGCCACGAUACCGCUACCUGCUCGAAUGGGCCAUAGCUCGCAUUUACCGUCGGUUCCCGGAAUUUACUCAGCGUAUCUUGAUAGAGCUAGGAAAUCUGGAAGAGUAUAGCCCGAUUCAUAUCGCCAGUCUGAUGAAGAUUGGUCUUCUAGUCGCGCCAUACGAAACCCAAGACUUUGCAGUAGAGCUCAUCACACACCUGAACUCCUACUCUGCCAGCCCCAAAGUCCAGAUCCGCCACGAAGCAAACUUUGCGUUUCCCAUCGUGUUUGACAUAGCUGUUGAGAAGGGCUGGAGGAGGAUUACCGAGAAUCCCGCUUUCAAAGGCAUGAACGCUUUCAUCCGCCGACUGGACAAGUUCAACGCUUCUCCCUGGACAAUAAGGACUCUAAAGGUCGAUAUCGAACAGGACUUUACCCUUACAGGCAUCUUUCAAGGCCGAUACCUGUCGAUUGAGACACCGGAACCAGAGCUCGUCACGCAUGAAGACUUCGAGGCUCUCGAGCGUGAUGAUCAGUCAGAUGGUUUCAACCCACCACCUGCACGCAUAGCACUUGGGAACAAGAUCAAACCCAGCUUUGACGUCAUUACAUCAGCUACAACUGCCCCGGUACCCACCACCACUACCACAGAACCGACCGGCCAAAUCACCCUCCAGACCAAAGCUGGCAUUGACCUUGACAACCUUCACCCACCUGGCGGCCCACCCAGCAUGCAAAAUGCCCGUCCCGCAUCCGUCAUGCUCGUCGCCUCUCUCAUCGACAACCCCACCAACCUCGGUGGCCUCUCCCGCAUAUCCGAAUCUUUCGGUCUUGAAGCCCUCUACAUCGAUGACCUCAAGAAGGUUGCGCACAAGGACUUCAAGGCUACCAGUGUGCGAUCGGAAAAGCAUCUUGCUAUCAUUGAGCUGAAGGAGGUUGGCGUACCGGCGUUCUUACUCGAUGCCAAGAGUAAAGGGUACGAGGUUGUGGGUAUUGAGCAGACGGACCGGAGUGGCAUAUUAGGGACUGAGGAUGUUAAGAAUGAUGUUGUGGAUGAAGGAACGAUUAGGAAAGAGGCCAGAAGUCAGGACAUUGGCACACUACCCAAGAAGUGCUGUCUUGUGCUAGGUAGCGAGAAGGAAGGUAUCUCCGCGGAGGUGCUGGCUGUCAUCGAUCGCAACGUCGAGAUCAAGACUGUGGGAGUUACCAGAAGUUUGAACGUUCAAACCGCAGGUGGUAUCGCACUUUACGAAUGGUGGAGAGAAUGGGGCGGCAGCAAAGCUUAA